UUCAAGAAUCCGUCACGAAACAUGUUAUCUUGGAGGCUUGACGAAAAUUGCUGUCAAUGGAAAGGUGUGGAAUGCGAUAACACAACCGGGCAUGUGAUCACUCUUGAUCUGCAAAAGCAAUUCUUGCAAGGUGAGUUUAGGAUUUCUUUACUUGGUUUGCCACAUUUAAGACACUUAGACAUGAGCCAAAUUGAUUUCCAGGGGGCACAUAUUCCUGAUUUUAUUUCCAAUUUUAAAAACUUGGAGUAUCUCAAUUUGUCUAAAACGAAUUUUAGGGGAGAAAUUCCUGAGAAUCUUGGCAAUCUGUCGCGGUUGCAGUUUCUUGAUCUGAGUGGUUAUUAUUCACUCCGUGUGAAUAGCCUUAAGUGGAUUCAGCCGCUCUCCUCUAUGAAGAUUCUUGAUUUGAGUGGUGUUAACAUGAGAAGCGCGGAAAACUGGCUACAUGACAUCAAUAUGUUAAGUUGUCUUUCAGAAUUACGUUUGUCUGCUUGUCAGCUUACUACAUUUCCUGAAUUGCUUCCGAGUUUUGUGAAUUUCACAUCCCUUCGGAUUCUUGAUCUUUCAUUAAACUAUUUUAAUACUAGGAUUCCUAGCUGGUUGUUCAACACAAGCCACAAUCUUGUUUAUCUUAAUCUUUCGACAAGUCAGCUGAACGGUUUAUUUCCAAAUGCCUUUGGCAACAUGAGUUCACUUAGAGUGCUUGAUCUUUCUGGGAACUCUCUCCUAGGCAAUCUUUCACAUUCCUUUGAGAAAAUGAGUUCACUUUCUUUUCUUAAUCUCUCAAGGAACUCGUUUACGGGCUAUUUACCACCAACCCUGCCAUCAAAGCUGAAAUACUUGGAUAUUUCUUUUAAUCAAAUGAAAGGUCCUUUAGCAAGAAGCAUCACACAACUUAAGCAAUUAGUUGUCCUCAAUGUUGCUCGGAACUCUUUCAAGGACUCGAUUACAGAACAUUUCUUGAAUUUCACUGACUUGAGAGUGUUAGACUUGUCAUCCAACUCAUUUAUCUUCAAUGUAAGCGCGACUUGGAUGCCUCGUUUUCAACUUGACUUUAUAAGCCUGCAGUCUUGCGGACUUGGUGCACAAUUUCCUCAGUGGAUUCAGACACAAAAAGAGUUGUCAUUUAUUGAUAUCUCUCGUGCUAAUAUCUCAGGAGAAGUGCCUGAUUGGUUGUGGAAUUUUUCUGCCAAGGUUCAUCAUAUAUACCUUUCGCGAAAUAAUUUCACAGGGGAAUUGCCUGAAUUUAGAGAAAGAGUUCAUUUUACACAAUUGGACCUGAGUGAUAACAAUUUCCAUGGUCCUUUGCCUCAUUUUUCACCCAAUAUGAUGACACUGAUUUUGGCAAGAAACUCCUUUAACGGUACUAUCGCUCCUGUAUGUGAAUCGCUUGUCAUGAAUAACUCUCUGAGUCUUCUAGACCUAUCCUCAAAUUCUCUAUCAGGACAACUUUUAGACUGUUGGAGAUAUGGGAAGAAUUUGCAAGGAUUGAAUUUAGGCCAUAAUGACCUAUCAGGGGAGAUACCUCAUUCCAUGGGAGAGCUUGCUAAUCUCUUCUUUCUGCAAUUGCAAAACAACAGUUUCUCCAAAAAUCUGCCUUCAUCAUUGGAGAACGUAAGUGGACUAAAAAUUCUUGAUGUUUCUGAAAAUAGUUUAUCUGGAAAGAUACCAAUUUGGUUAGGGGAGAGUUUAAGUACUCUAGAGAUUCUUAAAUUAAGCAGAAACGGUUUUGACGGAAUUAUUCCCAGGGAGAUUUGCCAGCUUAAAUACUUGUAUUUUUUGGACCUUAGUUCCAAUGCACUAUCAGGAUUCAUUCCAAGGUGUGUUGAUAAUCUCCGCACCAUGUCCGGAGAAGAGGAGGCCCCUUCCUUUACUUAUGGACCCUAUGCAGAUUACAGGAUUCAUGGAAUGUUCGUUUUUAAGGGAAGCAGUUUGAAGAUCUCUUUUUGGUGGUUCAUCAUAGUAAUUGAUCUAUCAGACAACCAAUUAUCAGGGGAUAUUCCCGAGGAAAUCACCAGCCUUACUGCACUGAAAGGAUUGAAUUUAUCAUGGAAUCAUUUCACAGGAACAAUUCCACGUUACAUUCACAAAAUGCAGCUUUUGGAAUCUCUUGAUCUUUCAAGGAAUAAGCUGAAAAGUUCCACAUGGAAAACAAUUUGA